AUGGCUGAUCCAGCUCGCGAUGAGCAGAACGUCCGUGUCGCCGACACCAAUAACGGCACGGCGGACAAAAACGGACACCUCGAUAACCCCGGCGACCCCGGCCAUAGUACCAUUCCUGUGACGACCGCCCCUGGAACUUCCUCCUACAGGGACGAGGCUACUGCAUCAUCCUCCCCGCUCCCACCACCACUUGAAGACGACCCGACGGCGCUCGCUCAUUACAGAGCUGCCCGGUUCCAUGAAGUCCCAGUUCCCGCCGGGGCAGAUGCCACGACUCAGGCACUGUUCGCGGCCAUUAAUCAGACAAACUAUCUCAUCUUCGCCCAAGGAGAAAGACUAAGGGCGCUUGAAGAUGACCGAAGACCCCCGAGGAGGCAUCAGAGGCCACACUCUCCACCUCCUCGGGUCACAGAAGUUCGACACCCUUCUCCCCCGCGGAGACACUACAGGGAGAACUCCAGAAGCCCCUCUCCCCGGCCAAAGCAGAGGCGACCCUAUUUGGAGAGACAACCCGUCAACCCUGCCGGAGAACCCAGUCGCGACCUGGCAAGGCACGACAAGAGACACGCCGGAGACGGGCGCGUAACAUUCACCCAACGAGCAUCACGCUCGAGGGAGACUCAGCACGACCACGACCGCCGUGCCAGACAAUGCUACAGGUCCCCAUCUCUGUCUCCGGAGAGGAGCGACGAGGACGACCCCCGCGGUCCCCUGUCGCAGGUCAUCAUGGAUGCACCCAUCCCCCCGGGCAUGGAGAAGCCCCCACAUCUGAAGGAGUACGAUGGAGUCGCGGACCCGGUCGACCACAUUGACGGGUUCGAGGCUAUGCUCCAUUAUCAUAAUGUCGGGGGGCCCAUCAA